AAAAAGAGGCGUCAAAGUAAGCAGGGGUGCGUUUCAAAGUCGAACGGUCCUCUGUUGUUCUCCGCGCAGAGCGGGGAGACGGCCCUGCAUGUGGCCGCUCGCUACGGAAACGUGGACGUGGUCACCUACCUCUGCAGCGUCAAAGCCAACCCGGACCUGUCCGACCGGGAGCAGGAGACGCCGCUGCACUGCGCCGCCUGGCACGGCUACUCUGCGGUGGCGCGGGCCCUGUGCCAGGCCGGCGGCCACGUGGACGCCAAGAACCGCGAGGGGGAGAGCCCGCUGCUGACGGCGUCGGCGCGCGGCUUCGCCGACAUCGUGGAGUGUCUGGCGGAGCAUCGGGCCACCAUGGAGGCCACCGACAAGGACGGCCACACGGCGCUGCACCUGGCCGUACGCAGGUGUCAGCUGGAGGUGGUGCUCUGCCUGCUGAGGCACCCCUGCCACGUGGACCAGCAGGAUCGCCACGGCAACACGGCGCUGCACAUCGCGUGCAAGGACGGCAACCUGCCCAUCGUCGCCGCGAUCUGCGGGGCCAAGGCCGGACUGGACCUGCCCAACAAGUACGGCAGAACGCCCCUGCACCUCGCCUCCAACAACGGGGCUCUGGAGGUGGUCCGACAUCUGUGUCUGGCAGGAGCUAACAUCGAUGCUGUCACCAACGACGGCAAGACUGCAGAAGAUCUGGCCUCAAGCGAACAACACGAAGUCAUCUUCGUACUGCUCGGCAGGCUUAAAAAGGACAACCACAAGCUGAGCUACAUCCAGCAGCUGCGUCCCAGCCAGCUGCUGCAGCCCAGGAUCAAGCUCAAGCUGUUCGGGCACCAGGGAGUGGGCAAGAGCACCCUGCUGGAGUCCCUGAAGUGCGGCAUCCUGCGGAGCCUGUUCAGGAGGAAGAGGACGAGGGUCUCCAACCCGUCGCGCCACCCCAGCUCCCCCAUCGCCUCCAAGCCCGCCGUCUCUGUGAGCAUCUCCAACCUGUACCCCGGCUGUGAGAACGUGAGCGUGAGGAGCCGGAGCAUGAUGUUCGAGCCCAGCCUGACCAAGGGGGUGCUGGAGGUGUUCUCCCCCGUCCACAACGCCCUGUCCUCGGCCGACGAGCUGGCCACCAGGGCCAUCGACAUCCAGAACACCAACAUCAACGGCGUGGGGGACUUCAGCGUGUGGGAGUUUUCUGGGAACCCUGUGUACCAGUGUGCCUACGACUACUUUGCGGCCAACGACGUGACGGCGCUGCACCUGGUGCUGUUCAGCCUGGAGGAGCCCUACGAGACCCAGCUGGGACACAUCACCUACUGGCUCAACACGCUCAAGGCCCUCUCCCUGCCCUCGGACAACAUCGCGUUGGCAGGCCGCCUGCAGAAGCCCCUGGCCGUGUCGCUGGUGGGCACCCACGCCGACCUGGCCAACGUGCCGCGGGCCUUCUCCGGAGAGUUCCUCUACGACAAGGAGCGGGUGCUGCUCAAGGAAGUCAGGAACAGGUUUGGGACCGACCUUCAGAUCAGCGACAAGCUGUUCGUCAUGGACGUCGGAGCAUCGAACUCUAAAGACAUGAAGACACUGAGGAGCCACCUGCAGGAGCUACGGACCUCCAUUAUCUCGAGGUGCGGCCCCAUGACCUUGCUGUCGGAGCGUCUGCUGGCCGCGCUGCCCGCCUGGAGGAAGCUGAGCGGACCCAACCAGCUGACGUCCUGGCAGCAGUUUGUCAGCGACGUCCAGGAGCACAUCAACCCGCUGGCCAGCCAGGACCACCUGCGCACGCUGGCACAGCAGCUGCACAGCAUGGGAGAGAUCAACAUCAUGCAGAGCGAGACGGUGCAGGACGUGGUGCUGCUGGAGCCCCGCUGGCUCUGCAGCAACGUGCUCGCCCGGCUGCUGUCGGUGGAGACGCCCAAGGCCAUCCACCACUACAGGGGGCGCUACAGGCUGGAGGAGGUGCAGGCGCUGGCGCCCGACAGCGACGUGGACGAGCUGCUGCAGAUCCUGGACGCCAUGGACGUGUGCGCCCGCGACCUCACCAACCCCUCCAUGGUGGACGUGCCGGCGCUCAUCAAGACCAACGGUCUGCACCGCUCCUGGACCGAGGAGGACGACGACGAGGAGGGGCUGAUCUACGGCGGCGUGCGGCUGGUCCCCGCCGAGCACCUCACGGCCUUCCCCUGCGGCCUGUUCCACAAGCUGCAGGUCAACCUGUGCCGCUGGAGCCACCAGCAGAAGCCCGAGGAGGGGGAGGAGGAGGGCGGCGGCGGCGAGGAGAUGGACCGGGACAUCCGCCUGUGGACCAACGGCGCCAAGGUCAGCCAGCCCAGCGCCGAGGCCAUGGUGCUGCUGGUCAACCACGGCCAGGGCGUGGAGAUCCAGGUGCGGGGCCACGACGCGGAGCGGGCCAAGUGCUACGCCCUGCUGGACGCCGUGUGCAGCAUCGCCGAGAACCUGCUGGCCUCCACCCUGCCGGGCCUGCUGACGGCCAAGUACUACCUGAGCCCCCAGCAGCUGCGGCAGCACCAGGGCCCCGUCAUGGUCUACCAGCCCAAAGACUUCCUGCGCGCUCAGCUGCAGCGCGAGUCCUCGCUCACCAACACCAUGGGCGGCUACCGCGAGGGCUUCAGCAGCGUGCUGGCGUUCGGCUGCGCCGAGGUGUACCAGCGCGGCAGCCUGGGCGCGGACAUCCACGUCUCCCACGUGUGCCUGCUGGCGCGCCGGAAGCUGUGCCGCAUGCUGGACCCCCCCGACGCCCUGGGGAAGGACUGGUGCCUGCUGGCCAUGAACCUGGGCCUCACGGAGCUGGUGGCCAAGCACAGCGGCCCCAACGGGAGCCCCCCCCCGGGGGAGGAGGAGGAGGAGGAGGAGGAGGAGGAGGAGCCGGAGCCGGCGCCCAGCCCGACGGCGGCGCUGCUGCGGGAGUGGAGCGGGCGUCCCGGCAGCACGGUGGGCGUCCUGAUGGCCAAGCUGAGGGAGCUGGGCCGGCGGGACGCGGCCGACUUCCUGCUCCGGAGCUCGCCCAUCUUCCGGGUCGACGCGGAGGCGGCGGGCGCGGCGCCCGGGGGCUACGUGGCCUCCUGCCACGGGGGCACGUCGUACAACUCCAUCAGCUCCGUCGUGUCCCGCUGAGGCCAGCCGAGACGGACCCUGACUCGGACCGCGUGGAUUCAGAGCGGCGACCGUACCGAGGGGAGCUAUAUACUGACGACCCCCCCCACCCCAGAUAAAGUAUUUCGGUUUUCCCGGCCCCCGGCAGGAGUUUAGAGACCCGUCUUGAUGAACAUUAAGUGCGGCCUUUACCCAGAGACUACCUGCAUCUCCCUCCUCCAUCGCUCCGGGUCGUGGAGGUGGCCGGUUGAGUGGAUGUCGUGCCGAUGCCUCCCAUGUGAUGUAAAGACCCUGUUUUCCCAACAUGAAUGUGUCUAGAGUCACUCGAGUGUUCCCAGAAGGAAUAAUUUGCUCAGCUGCUUAACUUCUUAAUCUGUUGUGCUGCUUUGUUUUUUUUUUUUGUUUUGUGUUUUACAAUAAGCACACUCCCUUAAGACUUAAGACUCUCUUUGUUGCAAUCGGUCUAGUGUGUACACGUGAUAUCAGCCUCUUGGUUCACUGAGUUAUUUAGUUGCGGUCGUCCUACAGUGUAGGUGAUAUUAAUUGCUGCUGUACUUGGUCCAUUUCAGCCGACUCAUUCCCACCUCUGUUCCAAACGGUCUGGACGACGAUGGAGAUUCAGAUCGAUGCCGAAUGUUAUGUAUCUAUUUUUUUUUGUUGUUGUUUUUUUGGCUUGACUGGCUUUUAGCCCUUUUGCCCCCCCCCCCCCCCCCCCCCCCGCGCCCUACCCAAAGAUAAGCACAAUAUCUCUGUUGAAAGGAAAUAGUUGUACUCUUUAAACAUCAGAGGAGCUGUGCCUUGUUCAAACUUUUAAAGAAGACAAAUCAAUACAUUCCCUCAAACCUGGUUCCUAGUGAGAAAAACAAAGCAGUGCGCAAUGUUGUUUAGAUGCUGUUAAACGGAAAGAAGCAUUUGAAAAGUGUAUCAAAAGGCAACUUUAACGGCGGCAAACAGGGUAGAGUGGUGCACACAUACUUGAUAGUUUAAGCGCGCAUAAAGGGAUUACAAUGCACCAAACUUGCAUCACCCUGUAUCUUGAUGAAAUGUACAUGAAUGGUGUUGAAUUUUAUUAAUGAGGAGGUGAACCCUUUACAGCCAAAACCACCUGUUGAGUGGACCUGUGCAUGUGGAUAUUUUCCUUGUCUUGAUUGGUAAGAACUAUAGAGGGUCAAAUGUACUAGAACACAGCUUCUAGGGAAUAAGUUGUGUUGUUCCCAUGUAGACAUAAGGCCUGGCUUUAACUUCCCCCUUUGGGUUUCGGUGUGGUCUGACUUUCCCAAUAAUAGAGAAUAAUGUAUUUGGUACAGCCCAAAAGCGCCACCAUUUUACAUACCCUGGAAGUAAAAUCCAACUCUUUCUGACCCGCACUGACAAUUGGACUUUGACUCCAAUUUUCAACUUUUUUCUACCCCAUGUCUAAGGAAAUCCUUUUUGUUACAUGUCGAAAAUAGUGUUGCACACGUGGUACAGAAACAGGAGGUGUAUAGGUUUUUGAGAUUUAACAUGGAGGUUUUGGACAUAAUGGCACUUGUUUUGUGUGUGCCUUCCUUGCCAGCAUCCACAGUAUUCCCCCUCUUUGCCCAAGAACGUAAAUCUGAUGCUUCAUAUGCUACUGUUGGGGCUCCCUGACGAUUUCCAAUCUAUCCAGUGUACUUAUUGGUACAUUGUAAAUACCUAAGACCUAUGUGUUGCUUCUGUUUCUCAUGCCCACUUUUUUAUUUUGUGUAUAUAUAUAUAUAUAUAUAUCUAUAUAUGUAUACAGUAUAUAUAAUAUUCCAAGCGGUCUGUCCAAAUCGGUUGUUUGUAAAGAGGCAACAUGAAUGUACUGCAAGUGUUUUUGUUGUGAGUAUAAAAUAUUGCAUUAAAAUGAAAUCUUCACUCAAUUCCACUCUGAACUAGUAUAUACACGUACGAUCUGUUGAACGGAAAUGUCCCGUUAGGUUUAGACAUGGAAACCUAUCAUUUACCUGAGGCUGGGUUGUAUCUGUCAUAUUGUUGCCAACUGUUGUGUGCCUAUACACGCCUUGUUUCUCAAUCAUUUUAUACGCUUCAAAAAAUUCUGAAAGGAGAAAGGUUUUCCUUUUUCCUGCUUCAAAAAAAAACUUUGUAAAGGUUGUGUCUGAAUGAUACUGAUGCGUGGUGUGUCUUCUCUACAUUUCUCUCCCUCAAAGUUGGAGCGAGAGAAGAAAAGAAAAAUGGGAAUUGUAGGCUGACUUAUUUACCUGAGUCUUGUUCUUUGAGGUACAUAGACCGAUGAGCCAGAGUUUCGAGAAAGAGACAAGAGAUGUUAGCCUUGGCUAUAUCCUAUAGGCCUCCAGUAGAUUGAAUCAUAGUCUUUUGUUACAUUUAUUCAGCAUGUUUUCAACUGCAACAUUCAUAGUACUUCUGACACUUAACAGUGUUGCACAUUUUUAUAAUAAAUUCUUUACCCGA